AUCGUCAAAUCGAUUUUAAUCACAUCAAAACGGCUGAAAUCGGCGACUCAAUUGGCAUUGAAUUGGACGUAAUUGAUUCAGACGAAAUGGAAGAUGAUCGCGAUACAGAUUUUGAGGAAAGUUUAUCUCCGUACUACAAAUCACAGUUUUCUAUCAACAUGCUGGAAGAGCAAAGCGACGAUGACAUUGUCUACAAAAUCAUAAAUUCACCGGAUGUAUCAUCUGCCCUCGAUCGAACCAACACUUCCAGUGGCAGUUUCGCAAUCAUCUUAGCAGCAAUUGCUAGAGUUUUGGAAGUUGAUUUAACUGAAUGUGUAUUUUCUUUAUCAACCCUCCUACGAAGACGUGAAGCUCACCGAGAGGCAAUAACAACCGUUGUGAAAAAUGAAUUUCUCGCUUCUUUAAAGUCGGGCUUGGUAGUACAUUUCGAUGGUAAACGGUUGAGAGAUUCGACGAAUGACGACAAAGAAGAACGUAAUGGUAAAGUCGACCGAAUAGCAGUUGUAGUAACUGGGUUGAAUAUACAAAAAAUACUUUCAAUAGCGAAAUCAGACGAUGGAACAGGAUUAAUGUUGGCGGAAAUUGUUUAUGAACAGUUAGAAGCCUGGUCGAUUCUUGAUUAUGUAGUUGCUAUGUGCUCGGAUACAACAAGCGCCAACACAGGUUGCUACAAUGGAGCUUGUGUUCUGUUUCAAAAAAAAACUGGAACGAAAUGUGAUCUACUUAGCGUGUCGACAUCAUGUUCUCGAAAUUAAAAUCGGUGCAGUUUUUGUUAUGCUUUUCGGGGAAACCACUGGUCCGCUUACUCCCAUGUUUGAAAACUUUAGGCGGGACUGGUCACAGAUCGACAAGACAUUGUUUAAGCCUCUUGACAUAAAAUUAUUCAGAAAGAAAUAUCUGAAAGAAUUGCGAAUCGACGUGAUAAGCUACAUUGAAACCGUGCUAGCGACAAAAGACAAGACAUUUAUUCCCCGAGGCGACUAUCUGGAAAUGAUGCAGCUAUGUUUACUGGUUUUAGGAAAACCUCUUCCUGGAUAUACAUUCAAGUUACCACAUAACUGUAACAACGCCAGAUGGAUGGGUAAAAUUAUUUACAGUUUAAAAAUUUUCCUCUUUCGCGACCAAGUCAACUUAGCUAAAUCCGAACUGGCUAAUCUGGAAGAAUUUUGCACAUUUUCUUGUCUGAUUUAUACGAAGCAUUGGAUUCAGUGUUGUGUACCAAGCAACGCACCGGCGAACGACUUACACUUGUUAAAAUCAUUGAAUCAGUACAAGCAGGUUAAUGCUAAAAUAGCGAACUGCGCUAUCGACAAAUUGCAGGAUCACCUGUGGUAUUUAGGGUCUGAGUUGGUGGUGCUAUCUUUGUUCUCCGAUAAAGUUGAAGACACAGUUAAAACGCGAAUGUUUGAAAAUAUGAUUCGCUUAGAUGACAAACGAUGGACAAAUCGGGACUACCGACUUACAUUUGACAAGAAAAUUUUAAAGAAAGAUCUCUCAGACUUGGUCGGCCCGUCGUCUAUGACAGUUUUAAAAAGCCUCAAAAUUAACGUUGAUUUUAUGUUCCAAAAUGAGGUGAAGAAAUGGAAGGAACUGGCUGAAUACCGAAAAGCAAAGGAAAUUGUUGACUCAUUUAAAGUCGUAAAUGACACAGCCGAACGCGCUCUGAAAAUUAUGACGGACUUCAACGAAUCGCUGACAUUCAAAGAGGAAAACAAGCAGAACUCUAUUCAGGUGGUCGAAGACAAUCGUAAACGUAUUCCGAACUUGAAGAAAACAGUUCUGUCUGGUUAUACCCAGAGACAUAUGAUCGAUGACGCGUGAUAUAAUAGCAUGAUCUAAGAAUUUAUCAUUUCUCCAACAAUUUCACUUCAUUCGAUCCAUAUUCCAACAAUUUUCGUCCUUUAAACUAAUGCUCGGAUCGGGUAAGGUUCAGGUCACAUAAAAUUAACUCAAUUUUGUAGCAUAUAGCUCACGCAUAGAUCCCAAGGUAGCAUGAUUUGUGGCGGAAGGCGAAGGAUGUGGCUUUACGGUACACAUGCUGGUAUUACAGUAGGGAACUUAUUCGUUGACAAGUCUUUAAACAGAGCAAAUUCGGGUUGAAACCUGAAUCUGAUUCGGGUCCAAACCCGAAGUUGAUUUGCUUAAAGAAUUAUCAUCGAAUGCGUUCCCUACUGUAGUAACCAGUAUCUACAACGUAAAGCCACAUCUUUCAGCUACAAAUCAUGCUACGUUGGGAUCUAUGCGUGAGCUAUCGGCUACAGAAUUUAGUUAAUUUUAUCAGACCUGAACUCAACCCGAUCCGAGUAUUACUUUCAACUAAAUUUUCAAGUUUCAAUUAAUUUAGUGAAUAAUGUUUGCCUUGAAUUGUAAUUAAUUUUUUAUUUUCGUAAAUGUAAUGAUGGCUUCGGUUUGUAAAAAAAAUGAAUUCUUUUUCUUAAUAAAAAAAAAAUGUUCGAAAGCACGAUCCUUAAUAUUUUAUUUCUUUGUCGCUGCAGCACUGUACCGGCUCGAAAGGAAUGACGGCUUAGAUUUCUCUAAUUGUCAA